AUGGAGCACUUGUGGUGUUUUGGACUUUUACUGUUGGCGUUCUGUGUGCUGCUAGAGGUUGAAGCAAGGCCCUCUUUGCAGAAACACAAGCGCUCACGUCAAUCCUGGGAGGGGUCAUCUGCCGACCAUGUUUACAGUUAUGAUGAUGCGCCACUGUAUAGCAUUGAUGACAACCCCUUACAACAGGAUAUGUCCUACAGAAAUAUCCCUAGUAUCCCGAUUCCUCCACCUCACCCAGUAGACAGGUCCCAAAAUGAUGAGGGUAAGCAAAACAAAGACAGUAAGGAUAGUGAGGAUGACAAAAAAAUUGAUGUAAAUGGUGAAAAUAAAAGCAAGAAAUUGGAUAAAAGUCUUGAUGGAAAAGAUGAAAAUGAAAUGAAAUCACAUAAUGAUAAGUUCUAUGGCACUGGCAAUCAGAACGGUGUGUCCGAGGACAAAGACAGUGAUAAGAAAGCAGCAUUGAAUGGCAAUGAUAUAACCAAGGCAUCUGUUAACAGUGACAAGAAAGAGAAAAAAUUCAAAAUUAGCAAAGAAGGCAAGGAGAAGUCAAAGGAGGAAAAAAAGAAGGCAGAUAAAGAAGAGGUCACUGACGAGAAAAUGGAAGGAUUCCUGAAGGAAAUUUAUGGACAAAAGUAUCCAUAUGGCAUUUUUGAUGGUUCAUAUGUAAAAUUUGAAGGAAUGAGAAAAAGUGUCAAAGGAGCUAGUAAGAAAGGUUUCGGAAAAGAUUCAGACAAAAAGACAUCAAAAGGCAGAGACAGUAAAAAAUACCUAAAGAAAGCUCCAGUUGACAAACUUUUUAAGCAGGCAGAGUUAAAACAGAGCUUAAAGGAAAAUGAUGUUAAGCAAAGCGAGAGUUUCAAAGAAGCAGAUAAGCAAGACAAUAGUUUCAAGGAAGCAGAUAAGCUAGACAAGAGUUUCAAAGAAGCAGAUAAGCAAGACAAGAGUUUCAAAGAAGCAGAUAAGAAAGACAAUAGUUUCAAAGAAGCAGAUAAGCAAGACAAGAGUUUCAAAGAAGCAGAUAUGAAAGACAAUAGGUUCAAGGUAGCAAGUAAAGAAGACAAGAACAAGAGUUUUGAGGAAGCAGAAAAGCAAGACAUGAGAUUCAAGUUACAGAGUAAGGAUGAAAAGAGUUUUGAGGAAGCAGAAAAGCAAGACAUGAAAUUCAAGUUACAGAGUAAGGAAGACAAGAGUUUUGAGGAAGCAGAUAAGCAAGACAUGAGUUUCAAGGUACAGAGUAAGGAAGACAAGAGUUUUAAGGAAGCAGAUAAAGACAAGAGUUUCAAGAUAGCAGAUAAUGAAGACAAAAGUCUUAAGGAAGCAGAUAUGCUAGACAAGAGUUUCAAGGAAGCAGAUAAGCAAGACAAGAGUUUCAAAGAAGCAGAUAAGCAAGACAUUAGUUUUAAGGAAGCAGAUAAGCAAGACAAGAGUUUCAAGGAAACAGAUACAGAAUCACUGAAUAAGAACUUUGGUAAAGAUACAAAUGAGAAUGGCAUGAAAGAAGAUGACCAAAAAAUUUUAAGCAAUUCUGGGAAAAACAGCUAUGAUAAAAGUUUCAAACAAGAUAACGAGGAUGAUUUUGCAAAGUUUGGUAAAGAUGAAGAUGACCAAAUGUUAAAAAAAGAUUACAGAUUACCAUACAUCACUUUUGGAAAAUAUGAAGAUAAUAAAAGCUUUAAAGAUGAUGACAGAAAAGGAUUUAAAAAUUUCAGAGAUGACAAAGAAGAAAAUAAAAUGUUCAAGACAAAGUCAUUCAAGAAUGAUGAUGAAAAAAUGCAGGGUGAUAUGCCUAUGAAUAACCUUGGAGAGAUGAAUUUGUUUGGAGAGGAUGACACAGAAGGCCUACAGCUGAAGCCUGACAAUGGUCCUGUUAUUGAUGAAUCUGGGGACAUCAACCUUCAACGACUCACUCAGCAAGUGCAUGCUGAUGAGGAAAUAUCAAACACUGUAAAGGCACCUAUUGUAGAAAUGAAGUCAGAAAUGGAUCCUUACAGGACUCCAUUUGACUCUCAGACAAGUCCAAACCCACCCACCACCAAACCCACCAAGGUCACUCCAGUGACUGCUAUUCAGGACAGGAAGAUGAUUGAAGGACAUCUUGUAUCCAUUCCUGAAGAGACAUGCUAUGAAGAGGGUGACUGUGCCACGGGUCGAGUGUGCCUAGAGGGCGUGUGUGUCUGUGGAGGUGAUGCCAUGUGCCUUGGUCAUAAGAAGGCAGUGUGUGGGACAGACGGUCUACUUUACCCAAGCCACUGCGAACUACACCGACAGGCUUGUGUCCGGGGUCACCAUAUCAGGAUUGACCACCAGGCACGAUGCCUCAGCCACCAUGAGGAGGGUGAUGGCAGUAAGCCAGACCACCUUCAAGGCACUCUAUGUGAGUAUGAGGUACGCCAAGGUGUUGAGGCCAUUCUAUGGGGGAUUGAUGUGACUUUCACUGUCGUGAGCACAAUGGAAGAGUGCCUAGAAUCAUGCGACCAUGCCCAGGUGACUGGUCUCUGUGUAGCGUUCGAGUUCUCCUCCUCCACUGGUCAAUGUGCCCUGUAUGAAAACAAAGAGGAUAUCGUCUACAGACCUAACAUAGACAUGACCUUUUAUGACCAAGUCCGUUGCCGCAAAGAAAUAGAUCCACGCUGUGAAUUUGAAGAGGUGCGUGUUUCAGCAGAACAGGUAUUUGCAACAUGUAACAUUCGUACUCGGACUGGCCUGACUCUGGACCAGUGUAAGGAGCAGUGUUCUGGUUGCCAUGCAUUCACAUAUGUGCCCGAGAGUGGGGACUGCGAGAUCCACAACAACAAGGCCUGUACUGCCAUGCUGGAUGAGAAAGGUGUGGCACACUAUGUACAGAAAUGUGAUCACUCUGGGUCCAAGUGUGAAUACAUAGAGAUUAUUCCGGGAAGUGCCCCCUUCAUGUGCAGCACCUCGUCCACCAGCACAGAGAAUCUGGUGGAAUGUCAUGACGCCUGUGUCCUCAGUAGUUGUGAGGCCUUUAAGUACAAGAUGGACCUAUCUGGAAGCUGUGACCUGUACUUCGACAAGUCUUGUAUCAGUAUGUUGGACAAGAGGAAGGAGAACUACUACGUCCGUCGCUGUACAAAUCCAGCAGAAUGUAAGUAUGAAGAGGUAAAGAUGUCCAACAAUGACCCGUGUAGCAUGGUGUCCAGCAGCACCGACACCAUUGACCAGUGUCGAGACGCCUGUAGUGACUGUGUCGGCUUCAAGUUUGACUACCAAACUGGUGGCUGUAGUCUUUACAAUCAGGAAUCCUGUCUCCCAGACAAGAAACUCAACUUCUACAUCAUACGCUGUCCAUUAGAUGAAUCUACAAAUGAAAGGAAGGAGGAUGAGCCAAUUAACAUACAGAUGGGAGGAUCUGUGGAGAUACCACAGAAAAAGGUUACAGAGGAGUCAGGAAAUGAGGUCAUUCCUCAGGAGAACCUGGUGGUUGAGGGGGGCGCCCAGAAGCAAACAGUAACCAGUGAUGUAAAGAAAGCAGGACCUGUUGCGCCUAAGUCUGAGGAUGAACAUGUCACUUUAUCUGAGGAGGAAACUUUCUCUGAGGAGUAUGAGGAAGACAAUGAGGAAGUAGACGAAGAGGAAGAUGAGGAGGAUGAUGAGGAGGAAGACUACAAUGAUAUGACAGACCUUGAGAAGAAGAUCAUGGGAGUAAAACCUAUUAUGGAGGCAGGAGAUUCACUCUGUACUAAAGAGGAUUACGUCAAGUUUAAGGCUGAUCUUCUAAGAUACCACUGUGUUAGGUUUGGCCGUAAAGACUGUGACAAAACUCAGAUACCAAAAAAAGACUACAUUGCCACGCUGAUGUUUAGUUACUAUGAUCGUGAUAUGGAUGGAGCUGUGAAUACACAGGAACUCUGGGAAACGCAGGUCAUCAACAAGUUUGGAAAACUAUCUGACAAAUGUACCCUAGUGGACAUCAUGAAAUCUGACGACUUAAAGAAUAAUGAUGGGAUCAUGGACAAAAAUGAGUUUGUCAAGGCAUUUGACAUUCCUGAGGAAGUGAUGAAGCAAAAAGUGGAACUUAUCCCUAUUCUGGCUACCAUGGGCAAUGGUCUGGAGAUUCAGUGUGGUAUCCAUCCAACGGAGGGGUCAGAGGUCGUGUGGGAGAGACACACUAUAGAUGUGGCUAUGGUCAGCUUCCCGGACAUAGCUGUUUUUAGUGAUGGCACCCUGUACUUUGACAAUGUAGGAGUGCACCAUACUGGUAACUACACUUGUUAUGAUCGUGAUCGUCCAGGACUUAAACAGAUCCACCAACUACAUGUCCAGAUGAUUCCAAGAGUUAAGGUGUCCCCUCCCAGUCAGCUGCUUCAAAUUAACAAUGUUGAUGUGUCAAUUCACUGCCAUGCUGAGGGAAUUCCGCCUCCUAGAAUUUCCUGGGAAGUCAAUGAGAAGCCUCUACCUAAGAUACCAAACCACUUCAUUAGAUCUCACAAGAAUGGUACUCUGACAAUCUACCAUACCGACUAUAAGAGAGACACUGGUGCAUACAAGUGUAUCGCAGAGAACACAGCUGGAAGGGCUCAUGAUAUUGCCACCAUCUUCAUCCACAAACCCAACGAAACCAUGCUCAGUUACAAAAAUAUGCCCAUUCGACAGUCAGUGUACACCUUCCACAAAAGUGGUUACAAUGUGUAUGAUCCAACUGGUUGUGUGACCCAACGUAGUGUGAAGGCCAACUUUGGUAACCUUCAGUACAUCCCUGAGGAGUUGGACAAGGCACCAUCCCUGUGCGAAGACAACGGGCCUUGCUUCUGGGGUCAUGCCAUCAAUGUCCUGGACAAAUAUGUGUACAUCAGUCAGCCUAACCAGAACAGAGUUGUGGUCAUAGACUCACAGAAGUCCAUGAACCCCGUUCAGUUUAUUCAAACCGACAAGUUUCCUGUGAAACUGCACUACGUUGAACAUCUAGAUGAAGUGUGGGUGCUGUGUUGGAAUUCAGACAGAAACACAGGCUCAAAGACAAUUGUUGUUAUCCGUGAUGCCAGUAAGGACAGCAGACAUCACAUGGUGCAUACUCAACCUAUCGGGUACCGCUUUGACUUGGUACAGGACAUGUUCCUGCCACCCCAGAAUGACCUUGGCCAUGAUUUCCACUAUGGUUAUGUUAUCCACAACGAACAGCGGGGCCUGUUUAAACUUGAUUUGGAUACCAUGCGGUACACAAAGGCUGUCGACCUCAGUAAAUUUGACUGUGUCCCCCAGAAAGUGGCAUUCAUCCCUAUAGGUGGCCAUGUUGUUGUGAAAUGCAUCAAGAGGAUGAUGGAUGACACCCGUACUCUGCAGAUCCUGAUGGACUACGUCACUGAUGUUCCUUUGGCCAACAUUACCAUGUUUGGUACUCCAUAUGUGUCACCUGAUUCUCGCACCAUUGUUACGGUGGAUGAGGUCACUGGCAAGGUCAGAGUGGCUACUAUUCAGGAAGAUGGUCAGAUCAAGAAGGGUGUUGAGGUGAGUGUGGCUUCCUCCAUCAGUGAUGUCACCUUCUUCCCAUCUCAGGUCAACACAGGAUAUGACCUCUACCUGACCUCACAGGACCAAGCUGAAGUCUUCCAUGUGAAUCUGAUUAACGGAAAAGUUACGACCAUCAAAGAUGCCGAAGAUCCUAGAACUGUACGAGUAUGGCCAUGGUCCCAGGCAACACGCUCCAUAGUGCAUGGGAAUGUGUUCAGUGAAUUCCUUGCUACACCAUCGGAGUCAUCACUGGUCAUUGUUAAUGGACGUGACAUGCAUGUACACUGUAAAUUUACAGACUUAGACAGCCCCGAUUCUGUCCUUUUCUCUGUAUCACACCUCGGCUGAACAUCUUGUAAUCUCAAUACUAUUUUUCUAUACACUUAUUAUGAAACAUAAAUCUAAUUUUAUUUCAGAAUACCACAAAAUAUGUAGGUAAUAGCCUUGUGCUAAUUAUUGGGUACAAAACAUUUUCUGCGUAAUAAGAUAUUGCCUGAAAUAGCUGUACAAAGAGAGGAUCCAAGGAGACCAGGCUUUGAAGGGUGCAAAAAUGAUCACAAGUCUGUCAGCUAAACUUCAUUCUAAUCCCAUGUGUGUUAUUGAAUGAUUAAUGGAAAUAUUAUUUUCCAUGAAAAUAAUAACAUUUUGAAACUCAGUUUAAUUAGGUAGUUAAGAGAAAUAUCCAUUACAUGAUAAAAAUUUGAUAUUAUCAGAAUGGUAGAACUGGGUAUCCUCUGAUUCUACAGUAAACUUGUCAGUCCCUGGUCUAGGUGGAUUCUUCGUUUCUUUUACAUGGAGCUACAGGCUCUUCAUGAAAAGUUAUGCUAGUCAAUAGAACUUAACACUAGUCAA